CUCAUGCAGUUGCCCAAUUCUAUGGCAAACAUGACAAGGCUAAGACAUCUCAAUAUAACUGGAUGUCUACAACUGGCACGGAUGCCAUCUUAUAUUGACAAAUUACAUGAGCUCCAGACCUUGUCAAUAUAUGUUGUAGAAGAGACACCUGGAAGAAGCAUCUCUCAACUGGAACGUCUGGACCUUCAUGGUGAGUUGAAAAUUAAAUACUUAAGUAGACUGUAUGAUCCAGGUCAAGCACGGCUUGCAAGAUUCUGGGACAAGGUAAACCUAGAAUUGUUGGGCCUUUAUUGGAGAGAGAUUGAUGACGAGAGUGUGACAGAAUCAGAUGUCGCUAGUCUCCUGAAAAAAGAACGCCCUUCCUCGUCAAAUUCAUCAGAACAACACGAGCAAGAUGCUGCAGUAGCAGAAGUUAUUUCAGCCCUCCAACCUCACUACAAUCUAAAACGGUUUCUUCUGAGGGACUAUCCAGGAACCAAGUUUCCAGCUUGGAUAGGGGAUCUUCAUAGUUUGGUUGUGGUUGAUCUGAGGCAGUGUAACAGAUGUCAGCUUCUUCCUACCCUUGGGAAACUUUCAUCACUUAGGAUUCUCACUCUUCGUGGGAUGAAUGGUGUGAGGCGAAUAGGCAAAGAGUUUUAUGAUGAAGAUGAAGAAUGGUCAAGCACAUUUUUCCAAUCACUCAAAGAACUAGCCUUGAUAGAUUUUCCUAGUUUGGAAGAAUGGUCAAGUCCAGAUGGCCAAGAUGCAUUCCCCAUGAUGUCCAAAUUAAUUAUCAACCGAUGUCCAAACCUGCAGGCCAUGCCAUUCUUUGAGUCUCUUCAACAUUUGGAGUUGCGAGAAUGCAGUGCAGCAAUAUUAAAUUCCUUUGAAAUUUCAACCUCCAUUUCAGUUUUCAUAAUUGAAAAAGUCUCUGGAUUAUUGUCUCUCUCAGGAGAACUUCUUGCACACAGAUCUAAUCUCACAUCUCUUGAAAUUAUCUCUUGCCGUGAGCUUCAAUCACUACCUUCAGAGUUGGGGAACCUUACUGCUCUGAAAUCACUAACCAUUCGCUGGUGUGAAAACCUCUCUUCUUUACCACAAGAUUUGAAAAACCUCACAGCUUUGGAGUCCCUGGAAAUUGGUGAUUGCUACAGUCUAACAGCUCUCUCAAAAGACCAGAUUCGAGGUUUGAGUUCCCUUCGAAUUUUGUCCAUUGAGAACUGCACCAAUCUGUCAUCUCUACCAAAGAGUUUGCAUUAUCUUGCAUCCCUUGAGCACUUAACUCUCAUGUUUUGUCCAAGUCUAGAUUCAUUGCCAGAGGAUCUGCAGCACCUCCCCGCCCUUCAUAGUUUGACCAUCAUAUCGUGUCCCAAGUUUUCACGUCUGCCACAGGGGCUACAACAUGUCAAAAUGCUGCAUAGACUGGAGAUACGGAGCUGUCCUGGUUUGAUAGCAUUGCCUGAACAUGUUGAGAACCUCACCUCACUUAGAUCUUUGGCAAUUUCAGACUGUCCUAAUCUGAAAUGCUUGCCUGAUGGUUUGAAUCUUCUCACUGCACUCCAGCACCUGUCCAUUCAACAUUGUCCCGAGCUUGAAGAACAAUUUGCACAAAAGGGAGGUGAGGAUUGGCCAAAAAUAGCUGGCAUUCCUCAUAAACACAUCGGAUCACCUAUAAGCAGACAGUCCAGUGGAGAUAGCAGUUCUAAUACUUGCUUUGGGUUGCAGUUUAAAAAGUUCUUGAAGAUGUUAAAGAAGUAAGACGUAGUGUGAUGCUAUACAUAUCUUUCGAGUUUCUCUCUCACAGGAAACUAGUUAUCAGAGAAAUGGGAAUGAAGUUCGGAUUAUUUCAAAGAGAAGUUGAAUCCUUUAUUUAUAUGCAUAUCGAGUGAACUUUGUGGUGAGAUUAUGAUGUAAUGAUGACAAAUAUUAUUUGACCAAUUUGAUGAACUUAUUGUGCGUUUAUUUGAUGAACUUAUUGUGUAUUUAUGAGAAUUUAAGACUUGUAAUUUGAGAAUCAUUUGGGUCGAUAAUUUGAAUAUUUUGUUAUUACUCUGUUAUCUAAUCUCGCAUUCAUGUAUUUUUUUUUUUUCUUCACACAGUCUCAUUGGAACAUGUUUCUCAGUUCACAUGAGAGUAUUGAUAUUUAAAUUAUUGUCUUAUAUGUUUUCAGGCCUAUAUAAGUGCUUAAACACACUUGUAUAUAUAUAUAUUUUUCUUUCUUAUUUAGAAUAUGGUAAUGGGCUACUAUUCUAGGUGGCCGC